AUGGACAUGCUAAGAUUUGCGUUUGUGAUGCUGGUGACUUUGGCUCCGUCCUUAGCGAGAGAGAUGGCUAUGGAAUUAGCAGAUGGUAGGUGGGUUUGUUCAAAGACAGAGAUGGUGAAGAGAGAGAAAGAGGAGAGGAUGGGCGGCAGCGACGCUAAGGUGGGGUGGAGGCGAGUGGCGAUGAGGCUUGUUGGAGGUGGGUGGGUUUAG